AAUUUUAAAAGAAAUAUCAAUUAUUUUAUAAAUUAGACACCUUCAAUUUAUCUAAUUAAAUCAAUCAAUAUUUAUUUUAAGUAGUUAGCUGAUAAAUAUAUUAAAAUGAACGACGCAAGACAACCUGGUGGCAUGGCUAAUAACAAAUAUAAGACUGCUUUGUGCAAACAUUUCAGUUAAACUGGAAACUGUCCUAAAAAGAACGAAUGUGCAUUUGCUCAUGGUGAACAUGAAUUAUAAGGAGGAAUGGGUGCAUAAGUUAAACCUUUCAAAAAGAUGAAUCAAAUGGCAACUAUGAUUCAAAAUCCUAUGUAAAACAACUACAAAUCUUAGUUAUGCAGAUAUUACGAUUAAGAAACAGGAUAAUGCAAUUGCAAGUAUGAAAGUAAAUGUAAUUUUGCACAUUCUAAAGAAGAAUUGCGUGAGAGAUUAGAUAUGAAAAACUAGCCUAUGAAUCCUAUGAUGAAUGCUUUAAUGCAAUAUGACAUGCAAAUGAUCACCAUGCAAUAGCAAUAAAUGGCUGCUUAAUACAGUUUUCUCUAAACUCUUUUGAUGCAUAAGUUAUCUGUUGCUCUCUAUUCAUUAAUGCCUUAAAUCGAAUAGGUAAUUGAUAAGUCUAAACAUAGCGAGUAUUUCAAGAGUGCUGAAAUCAUGAAUAGAUCUGGAAAUCCAGAAGGUUGCAUAUAAGCACUCUACUAGAUACUAAGAGACGGCUAAAGUGAAAAAGAAUAAGAACUUAUUGAAGAAAUCGAUAAAAUUUAAAAAGAAAAUACCAAUCUUGAAGCCACUUAAUUUUAACAUCUUUUAGGCUAAUACGGACUAACUCCUUUAGAAAUAAACAACCUUUUCAUGUUCCAUCAAUAAAAUUUAUAGAUGAUGAAUUACUAGUAGCAAUCUCAAAUGAUGCAUUUUGAACAAGGUGAUUUAUAAUGA